AGCCACGUCCUCCCUUCUUAGAUUUCACCACUCCCCUUCACUAAUAUCUUUACUUGUCGGUCUUUAUCAUUGAUCAAUGUCUUAAAGCCUUCCUCGACCACGUCUCUCAUUUCUAUUCUCUUGGUAAUCAUUUUCUUACACAUGUCAAGCCGCCCAUCCGAAAUGGCAUCUAUGACCUCCUGGAAGUCACUCUUAACAUAUGUUGCGACUCCGAGGUAUCUUCGCUCCUUGAAGACAAGGUCAUUUGGCCAAAGUGUACAUCUUUUCUCCCAGAUCGCGAUAUUGACGUGGGUGCCGCGGGCCUUGAGCGAGUUCACGGCUUGGUCGAGACCUGGUUGCACACCAGCCGCAUCGAAAGUAACGUCGACGCCACGAUUAUUUGUCAACUUGAGACAUUCGGCAACGAUAUCAUCCUAGAACAAUGAACAGGCGUCAGCAAAGUUGCACGCUCUUGGAAACCAUCAGCCCAUAGCUGAACACAGACCUUGGUCGGGUCUAGAACCACGUGGGCGCCGAGAUCUUUUGCAAACUGCUUUCGCAUUCCGGACACUUCAGACACAAUGCUACGCACAGCGAAAGAUACAGUGGUCAGCAGUUCGCCUCAAACACAGGGAUUGCACGUCAAUCUCACAUCUGUGGACAUCCGCGAGCGCGUAAGGCUUGAACGACGGAUAACCCGAUCGGACCUCCCCCAAGGAUCAAGGCUGUAUCUGUUCGCUUGAAGGGACUCGAAUUCACAGCAUGCCAGCCAACUGCGAGUGGCUCUACGAGCGCUGCCACGUCUAGGCCGACAUUGUCCGGGCAGUUGUAAAGUGUAUACUCCGGAACCUGGGUCAGUGAUAAGCAGAGGUGCUUGUGUCGCCACGCGUAUGUCGUACCACCAAAUGCUCUGAAAGGCCUCCCCCCCAACCGCUCAGGCCGACAAAGCCGUUCUUCCAACAGCAAUUGACAAGCCCGUCUUGACAUGCGCCACAGUCGCCGUCGUAGAUAAUGGGCGCCACUACAACUCGGCCGCCAACCUUGAAUCGGUCGGAAACACCUUCUCCAACCUCUUCAAUCACUCCACUGAACUCGUGCCCGAACGUAAGCGGUACUGUCUCCCCGGUAAUCGGAUGUGGUUUGCUUUCUGGACACAACGAGGGCCCGCCGAGGUAUUCGUGAAGGUCAGGACAACUGUUAGCUAUUUGGUAGCUUGGGAUAAGACGGAUCAUUACCUGAGCCGCAAAUUCCACACCACGCCGGUUUGACCUUUACCUGACCAGGUCCACAAACCGGCUCUGGAAUAUCUUCAAACCGCAAAUCCUCUUUACCAUGAAAGCGCACCGCCUUCAUCGACUUUACACUCUCCGAUGUGGGCUGGUUUUCUUUCGAAUGUGGCAGGUUGCUGUCCUGGAUAGUUUCGUGGGCCAUAUUGAUGCUUGAGCAGCUGGGAUGUGGAAAUGUAGGAAGCCGGGCAAGCAGGGCAUCGAGGACCUCGACACGUCUUAACUGAUCAACACCUGCUACUUACGGAACUAUGUUGACGGCAUCCACGGCAUGCCGUAUGGAGGCAUGCGAUCACAAGAGCCUCCUCUUAAGCUCAUUAUUCCAGGGUCGCGAGCACGCGGGGCAACAGUGAAAGGAGUGAGGGGUUGCCGCCAUGCUCGUUGCCGUGAAGACUGAUCUUGGCAUCGGGAUGAAUUGGGGUCCACUCCAGGAGGAUCUCUUAGGGAUUUCUGCCUGCUUCCCUGGGCCGAUUGUGGAGGCAGUCAACGGAGAAGAAGCAGGUGCAAGCGGCCGGAGUGAAUGGAGAGGCCGUAUUGAGCGAAAUCAAACACGACGCGUGGAAGCGCCCCGCAGCGCGCCCGCCGCCCAGACAGACGUGUUCGGCCGGAGAUCGUCCGGAUGGCGAAAUGUGAUUCCACAGAACAAGAGUGCAGCUUCCAGGCGGACGAAGAUGAAAAAAUGCCGUGGACAAUGUCGACGGCUGGGGCCUUUGAAAAAUGCGGCAAGGCUGGCAAUGCGUGCUUCGCGGCGACGUUGAGUUCGAAGAGAAUCAAAGACGCAUGGUGCCGUUUCGUUGACGGGGGAUGACCUCACCCCCAUUGAGAGCUCUGAGAUUCUCCGAGAGCGCACAAGCAAGGCACGGCCACUUUAUAAGGACCAGCAUUCUGCGCGACUCGCGCCUGCGUCUGUUGAGCAUUUCUCGUCUAUCCACACCAACCACGCAGGGCUUCUUUCCCACAAUCUGCCAAGAUGCCUUAUCCAGACACCGCCGAGGGCUUCAUGAUCGAAGAUCAGAAGAAGUGGACCGACUUCAAGAAGCAAGAGUUCAAGCUCAAGCCAUUCGAGGACCGUGACAUCGACAUCGCGAUUGAAUGCUGUGGUGUAUGCGGGUCGGAUGUGCACAAAAUCAAUGGCGGCUGGGGAGACUGUCCGCUCCCCAUUUGCGUCGGUCAUGAGGUUGUUGGAAAAGCUAUCAAGGUUGGAAAGGAUGUCAAAACAAUCAAAAUCGGAGAUCGCGUCGGUGUUGGAGCUCAGAUACAGGCGGAUCUGACCUGCACAAACUGCAAAGCAGACCAGGAGAACUAUUGUCCCAAUAUGAUCGACACGUACGGUUCUCAAUACAGCGACGGCACCAUCUCUCAAGGCGGCUACUCCUCACACAUCCGUGCACAUGAAUACUUCACAUUCAAAAUUCCGGACAACAUUGAAAGCGCGAUAGCAGCACCCAUGCUUUGUGCAGGCCUCACAGUUUACUCGCCUCUCGUACGCUUGGGAGCUGGUCCGGGCAAGAAGGUUGCAAUCGUGGGUAUUGGAGGUCUCGGACAUUUCGCUGUGUUGUUCGCUCGUGCUCUCGGCGCCGAAGUCUACGUGCUAUCACAUAGUCCAAACAAGAAGGACGAUGCACUGAAGAUGGGUGCUAAACAUUUCAUCGACACCAACCAGAAAGACUGGCACAAGGACUAUGCCUUCACCUUCGACUUCAUUCUCAACUGUGCCGAUGCAACUCACAAGUUCAACCUGAAAGACUACUUCAGUACACUCAAAGUCAUGGGUCGCUUCCACACUGUCGGCUUCGGAGAUCACCCAUUACCGACUUUGAUGGCCCAGGAUUUCGCUGGUUCCGGAUGUUACUUCGGCGCAUCUCACAUCGGAAACCGCCCUGAAAUGCUUGCUAUGUUCGAUCUUGCUUCGAAGCAGAGCAUCAAGUCGUGGAUUCAGACAGUCCCAAUCAGCGAGGCAGGAUGCAAGGAGGCCGUGACCGCGGUAUCUGAGAACAAGGUGAGGUACCGCUACGUUCUGACGGACUACGACAAGGUCUUUGGCAAGCGAGACUAGAUUGUCGCUUCAGCAGGAUACGAAAUUGCUCACACAGAGUGUUUAUGAGGCACAUACAUCAAAUGUAUACAAUGCACCAAAUAUCAACACCUUGAUAACGGCACUGUUCCCACCACUCGCAGUGCUCGUUUCCAGCCGCAGCUUUCAUUCGUCAACCGCUCAGAUAUUGGCACAUCGCUCUACUGUAAAUCAAGUACGACCCGACCUUUCAGUUCGCCCUUGUCCAUUUCCUCAAAUAUCGCCGUUAGUUCCUCCAUCUUGGCAGUGCGGAAAUGGGUCUUGACAAGUCCACGCUCCGCAAACUCGAGCGCCUCAAUCGCGUCUCUACGAUCCCCCACGGCAACACCGAUUAUUUUUUGGGCCCUAGCAACCAAGAACUGAGGAAAAGCUGUGGCGAUGGGCUUGAGUUCACCCUCAGGUAAACCGACGCAGACACAUGUACCGCCAAACUUGAGCAUGCCCAUAGCGGAGGCAUAAGCAGCGUUUGCUGCUGUGAGUACGAGAACAGCCUGAGCACCAAGGCCACCCGUAGCCUUUUUCACUUCCUCUUCGGCGUUUCCUUGCGUGUGGUCAACGAAGACUUCCGCUCCGCAUUCAGUUGCCAGCUCUUUCUUGCUCCCCGCAUCAAUGCCGAUCACUCGCAUUCCCAUGCCUCGCGAAGCAAUCUGUGUGGCGAGAUGACCUAGACCACCACCUGCGCCAAGUAAGACGACCCAAUCACCAGCUUUGGCUCCAGAUUUCCUCAGAGCGCUGUAGACUGUAACGCCAGCACACAGCAUAGGAGCGGCAGCAUCGCUUGGUAGAGAUUCGGGGAUAGGGGUAACAUAGCUAGCAGGGCCUAGCACGUACUGCUGAAAAGUGCCAGGUGUGUAGUAGCCUGAGACUUUCUGUUUGGCCGGAGAGACAAGCUGGACAAGAAUCACAAAUUGCAGAGAUCCAUUUAAUGCCAACGCGACUGCCGACUUUGAUCACACUUGUUUCGGUACCAGGGCCAAGUUUCACAACUUUGCCAAUGCCCUCAUGGCCUCCAACUUGACCUGGCUGAGUUGGGAAAGGGAGGCCAGCCCAUCGAUUUGUCAUAACACCAAGAUCCGAAUGGCAGACGCCUGAAUGCGUCAAGUUGAUGAGAACCUCGCCUGGUCCAGGCUCUGGGGUGUCGAGCUCGACGACCUUGGUCGAGACCUUGCCAGGCUCAUCGUAGAUGACCGCCUUGUAUUUCUUUGGAAUGUCGACUGAUGCCAUGUUUGUUUGGUAUCUUACCAAUGGGGCAAGGGAAUAUGUUGCACAGAUAGAGGAGAAGGAGAGAGCUUGAUGGAAACGUGAGACCUCGCUUUGAGAUCUGGAUCCUCUUACGUGUAGUAAUUCGUAGCUGGCGUGCCUCACAUCGAGUCUAGCGAAGAUGGAGCAGAAUGGGACCUCGGUGCUGCGCGGGGUUUGAGUACAGUAAGAAGGUCCAAAGAGCUCGAGACAGCCACUGUUGAGGGGUAGUGCUGAGUGGAGACUAUGGGCGCGCAGAAGUGAGUCCUUGGCCGCAUGCCGAUUUGCCCAUUGCCACUGCGAGCAGAUGGCCUUCGGGCGAGC